UCGCAUCGCAUGCAGUCUCUUCUGCUCUCAAGCAAUCGCAUUUCUACUAGACAGCAGCAAUGGGACGCGGACGUGGUGGCGGUCGUGGCCGCGGCAACUUUAGAGGCAAAGGCAAGAAUCGUGGUGGUGGCAGCAGAGGCGGAGAUAAUCGUUCAGAGUCAUGGUCAGAUAUUGUAAGGCAGAAUGACCUUUAUGAGACCUACUAUCGCCAGGGCGGCUUCUUGGAAGAGGAAGAGUUCGAGAAAAUGUGGAAAGCCCUGGCCUCAGACCUACCGAAUAGCUUCCGCUUCACUGGUACGAAGUCUGAUGCGCUUGCCGUCCGCGAAAUCUUCAAGCAACGCUAUAUUCCCAAGAUCCAGUCCGUUCAAUUCGAGGGAGAGCCUGUUCUUCCGCCCGAGUCCGUUCCAGCUUUUCCAGAUGAGUUGGUCUGGCACAUGAAGACGCACAAAAAAAUCAUUCGUCGCCAUCCUCCGUUCGCCGAAUUUCAGAAGUUCCUAGUGGCAGAGACGACGUCAGGAAACAUUAGCAGGCAAGAGGUCGUGAGCAUGAUACCACCACAUUUUCUUGAUGUCAAACCAGGCAUGGUGGUUCUGGACAUGUGCGCAGCACCUGGAAGCAAGUCUGCACAAUUAGCAGAGAUGAUCCAUGGCGACGAAGAAGAGCGGGUCAAGAAGGCAGCCAACAGCGACUCUCACGGUACCGCCGAUGCGGACGGCGACUACACCGAUGAUGGACGAUCCACCGGCCUGCUCAUUGCCAACGAUACGGAUUACAAGCGUGCUGGCAUGUUGGUUCACCAAGUCAAGCGCCUCAACUUCCCUAACUUGAUUGUCACACAACAUGAUGCAUCGAUCUUCCCCUCCAUCGAGCUCCCAACUGCACCAGGUCAAAAGAAGCAGUAUCUCAAAUUUGACCGAGUCCUUGCUGAUGUUCCCUGUUCUGGAGAUGGAACCGCCCGUAAGAACCCGAAUGUCUGGCAGAAAUGGACCCCAAGAGAUGGCCUCGGUCUACAUGGCCUUCAACUGCGCAUCUUGUUCCGUGGACUCCAAUUGCUCAAGAAGGGUGGGCGUCUUGUGUACUCGACUUGCAGCAUGAACCCCGUGGAGAACGAAGCUGUUGUAGCGAGUGCAAUCGUGGCAUGCGGAGGCGUCUCAAAGGUUCGAUUAGUCGACUGCUCGGAUCAUCUACCCAAUCUAGUGCGCAAGCCAGGGUUGAACAAGUGGAAAGUGCUUGACACGUCCUCGUUGAAUGGUGAAGGAAAGACGAAUCAUAUGUUUACAAGCUACGAGGCCUUCCUGAAGACGAAGGAGAAGUAUGACGCAGAGCAACCCGGCCGCCGAUUCUCAGACAAACUUGUUCCAGGUGUUUUCCCGCCGACCUCCACCUCGGAAGAAGAGCGCAUACCCCUUGAGAACUGCGUGCGAGUCUAUCCUCACCUUCAGGACACUGGUGGCUUUUUCAUCGCCGUUCUUGAGAAGCUGGAUGAUAUCAAGGUUGCCCAACCACAAAACGGCAAACAAUCCGAGGCGGCGAAGAACAAGCCGGAGUCUGGGAGUGCAACACCAGCCACUGGUCCCGCAUCAGAGCAGCCUGAAUUAUCGGCCGUGGAGGAUGAGGCAGCAGUUGCGCCCGUUUCGCCCACAAAGCGCAAGUUCGAUGACGCUGAACUCGAGGCAUCGGCCAAGAGGUUGAGGGUGGAACCUGAUGUCAUGGACCAAUCUGCAGGGUCCGAAGCUCCAGACAGUGAAGUACCUGAGGCUGUAGCCAACGGUACACCCAAUCCGGAGCAAAAGUCUGAGCCAAAGCCAGAGCCAAAGCAGGUGACCAAGCUCAAGCCGGAGAAUCAGAGUAAUCAGAAGGAGUACUUCGAGUACCUUCGCGGCGACGACCCUACCAUGAAUGACAUUCUGGACUUCUUUGGCAUCUCCCCACGCUUCCCACGGGACCGCUUCAUGGUCAAGAACAAGGAGGGACUGCUUCUGAACAAGAUCUACUACACUUCGGAACUUGCGAAGACAAUCAUCUCACAGAACAAAGAGAGAGGCAUGAAGUUCAUUCACUGCGGUGUUGUCAUGUUUGUUUCCCAUCGAAUCAAGGACAAGGAUGUGCUUAAAGCCCCCUGGCGUCUACAGAACGAGGGUAUCCAAAUUCUCGAACCCUGGGCAACGAAGCGAAUCAUCACCUGCAAAUCGAGAGACACGCUCCACAGGAUGCUCAUCGAAAUGUUCCCUAAGCUACCCAGGGACGGCGAUCACGACCUGGGAGAAGUUGGUGAGCAAUUGAUGGACUUAGAUAUUGGGUGCUGUUUCAUGCGGAUCGAAAAGAGCGAGGGCGAGGAGGGAUUCCCAUUCGACAUGGUGCUGCCCGUAUGGCGACACCCUGGAAGCGCGAAUUUGAUGGUGGACAAGGACGAACGCAAAGCCAUCCUUCUUCGGCUGUUCAACGAGCAAAACCCACAUAUUAUCAAUCACGUGCUAGACAAGGCGAAGGCUGCAGCAGAGCAAGAGGAGGCUAGAGAGGCGGUCGAGGUGAUCGAGGCAGAGGAGAACGGCAGCGAGGUGGAGAACGCGGGCGCUGCGUAGAAGGGAAGAAAAAAGACAUGCUAUUAGUACUGCUUAUGCCAUCAAAUUGUUAACCGCACCAAC